AUGACCUCACACAAUCAUGGGGUUGGGGUGGACAGACGCUAUCAGACGCUGCCUCUCUCUGCGGGCGUCUCGUCGGCAAGAAGGGCUCGGGGCACUGUGCCCUCCAACUCUACACCGACGUGUGAGGAAAGUAUUCAUUAUCCCGUGUUUAAUCCGCGAGACCCUCGACACAACCCAACGGCUCAUACCUCCUCGUGGCUUGAGGAUAAUUAUUACCCUUCGGAGACAUCUAAGCUCCCAGGCUCCAUGAACUGGAUGCAAAGCUUGUCCAAGAGAUCUUUACGCAAAGCACGGUCCGGACUUCUGGCUCUCAGAUCCGGGAUGCAGAGGCGUUCUGUGGCCGACUCUCGUUACAAUGGCGACAUCUCGAUGGCCUGUCCUUGGUCUGAGAACAGGUCAAACCAACAAGAGAAUAGGUUUCCGUCAACAAUAUCAGAGGCCAGCACAGAAGAGGACUUAGAAUUCGGGUCCCAUCUCUAUCGAACACACUGCAGAUAUCCUGUCUUGACUUGUGACCCGGAUAGGCCGGUACCCAAGUCUCUACUCUCCUCUACAUCGGCUGAGGCUUCUCCCCUCCAGGAAAGGACUGAAGGGUCGUCUAAUUUGCCAACGUCGGUUCUCACAGAGACAGUGCCAAAUACCCUUCCGCCAGUGCUAUCCGAUGAGAACUCUAUAGAACCGGAAUCAUCUCCAUCCAGUAAGCAUGAAAACAGGUCGGGAUGCAAUUCUAUCACCAGCAAAUUACAAACAUCAGACAAUAUUGAGCCGAAAUCGAGCUUGACAUCCAGUAGCUCCUCGGAGUCAGGCAUUCCACCGACCACAGCCGCCGCAAGCACGAGCUCUGGCUGUGUAUCUAGCCCCGUCGAUGAAUCAAAGAGCGCUGAAGUUGAAGAAACCGGAGAUCAACUACUUGUUGCAGAUUCUUCACCUUCAAGUGAUUACCCUUCUGGACACGAGAACCCCGAAUCCCACGCCCCGGUCGAGGAAGGAACGGCGGUCAGACAUUCCCGCGAAUCUGACGCCUCCGAGGUUAAAGACAUCGACCUUAUGAUGGACUCUCUAGGGGCCUUGGAUCACCUCAACUCUCAGAGUGGCCAGACUCCUUGCCGGGAUGAGCAAGUGGAUGAGCACGAUAUCAAUAGGCCAACCGCAUCCCCUGGGCAUGCAUCAACAGAAUCUGGAACCCCGGCCGACGUGUCAAAUGUCGAAAGAGAGUCGUCCCAUAUCAACCUGGGAAGACAAUCCGAUAGUAUCAGGCUCCAAGUUCAAACCGGGCGUUGGAAUCGUCAUCUGCCAGCUAGACUUGGUGGCACCAACUUAGUGGACCCGCCUGAUUUCUUUCGCGAUCAAGCAGCAUGGUCAAACCGUCCCAGCGAAGAUUGUACGACUACUGACAUCACGUCGGAGUCGAAUAUCCUAUGGACGCCUGUUGAUAAUGCGGAACUAACGUCCUUGGCAUCCCUGGGGGACGAAUAUUUUCUUGUCGAUGGAAAAACAGACGGCUUCUACCCGGAUCGAGGUGACAACCCUACAAAGGCUGAGCGACGGCUCGUUGGUGAUAGCAGUAUGGGCAGUGGAUAUGGCCUUGAUCGCAAUUCAUCGGCUCAAACGCAAGAUAUCCCCGAAACCUUCGAGCCGGUAGAACCCGUGCACCUACGACUACGGCCUUGCCCACGAGACCGGGAUACUAGCGACUCGGCUGACGACUAUCAGGUUACGUACCCCUUGUUUAUGAGAUACUACCUCUCCUGA